AUGGUGCAGGUUGACACAAACGGCAUUGAAAAACGCGUAGGGUCGUUGGAUUUGGGUGCGAAUGAGCCCAGAACCCCGUUUGGUAGAGAGUUUCGUGAAAAGUACUUCUCGUUUGAGGAUGGAGUGGUCAAUGUCAACCAUGGAAGUUAUGGAGCAGUGCCGAAAUGUGUCAUUAAUGCGAAAUUCGAGUAUUUGACGAAAUCGUUUGCGUUUCCUGAAGACCAUUUUAAACUCAAUGUCGACAAGAAGGUCAAUCAAGUGCGUGCCAAGGUAGCUGAAAUAGUAGAUGCUGAUGUCGAGAGCCUGGUGUUUGUAACUAAUGAUACUACAGGUAUUAACAGUGUUCUUCGAAAUUAUCCGUUCCAGAAAGGACAAGCUGUAGUGUAUUGUAACACCAGCUUCGUGGCCUGCUCAAGUGCUCUGAAGUAUCUGCGUGAUCGCGUGGGCAUCGAACUUAUCGAGGUUCAAAUCAAAUAUCCCAUGAGUAAUCAAGAAAUUGUUGAUGCAUAUACAGAAGCCAUGGACUCUCACAGUAACGUCAAAAUGGCGUUAUUUGAUACUACCUCGUCGGUCCCAGCAGCUCAAUUGCCCUGGCAAACCCUCUGUGCCGAGUGUCGUAAACGGGAUAUUCUGUCUCUUGUAGACGGUGCUCAUGGUAUAGGAUUAUCAGAAAUCAAGCUUCGUCAAGCCCGUCCUGACUUUUUCACGUCCAAUCUACACAAAUGGUUCUUCACACCAGUGUCUCUGGCUCUUUUGUAUGUGGACAAAGCACAUCAUGAAAUCAUCAAUGGAGUCACCAUCUCUGCAUUGUACGUGCCAGAACCAGAAAUCAAGUCUGGUAGCAAAAAGCCACUUGCUUUUGCUGACAAGUUCUGUGAAAACGGUACUGUAGACGUAUCCAACAUCCAAUCUGUAGAAGAUGCCAUUGCAUUCCGUAACAAUAUCUGUGGCGGCGAGAAGGCCAUUCGCGAUUACUGCUACAAACUAGCUAUCGACGCCGCCAAUUAUAUGCUCAAAGAGUUUGGUACCGAGAUUCUAUCCGGCAAACAAGACACCAUCUCCAACUCUAUGAUCAACGUCCGUGUUCCUCUCACCGCACCUCCCACCCAAGCUUCACAAAUCGUGUCUGCCUACACAACCUAUAUCUGCAACAAAUGGAAGACGUUCGUGCCACUGUUCUACUACAACGGGGCCUGGUGGGUACGUCUGAGUGCACAAAUCUACCUCGACCUCGACGACUUCAAACACGCUACCAAAGCCGUCUCCGACACCCUGGACCAUAUUAAAUCCACUCUGUAG